GUGUGUGUGUGUGAACUCAGUUUGUUCCUCACUACAUUUGGACAAAGCACAGAAGGUUUGGUGCACAAAUCUGUGGUGCUGUGGUGCUCAGACUGAAGUGCUGAAUGUGAAACAAGUCGUCUGAUAAUAAAUGAGUCCUAUUCGGCCUUAUGAAGACAAAUACUGGCUCAUGAAGGUGUUGGGAAACAGCACAUUUAAAUUUAUAGCCCAGCACACAGCGUGAAUAAUAUUUGCAUGUAAUUUCAAGCCUGUGCGUUCCGUAUUACAAAGCUGUAAUUUUAAUUAAUUUAUUUGGGAAGUCUUUUUUAUUAAUAUUUAUUUAACAGAUUUGUGCGAUUCAAAUGACGCUUGGUCUGGUGGCACUAAUCACUUUCCAUAAGAAGACGCCUGGUUUGUACAACAUCCCGUCCCGCUUACUGUUUUGGUCCAGGAGGGCGGGACCAUGAAGCAGCACAUUUGUUUCUACAUCACAUCUAUCUUUAAAGGGGUGCUGCUGUCAGCGGGAGGGGAGGUGGAGCAGGUUGUCCAGGGCCGCAUGCCCUCUCGUUACCCCCCGACACCCCAGUGGGAGGGCGCAGCGCCGGGUCGGCCCAGCAGCCGCAGCCGUCGACGCAUCGUCGCACGUACUUUACGCACAUUGGACGAGCGGAGGCAGGGACCCGGUCGGAGAUGAUGCUUACACCGGCCCAGAAGGGCUUUCUCUCGGGCUUCAUUUAUCGGGUAGCGAUGGUGUGGCUGUCGCUGCUGGUGUAAGAUGCACUGGAGCAGACCGGGUGUGCUGGUCGGCCUAGCUGAGCUCGGCUGCUGCUGCUCGCCCUCGCCUCUCCCAUUUCUAUUCUAGUACUGUUUUUUUAAUUGUAGCUUUAUUAUUUCCAGGUCAGAAUUUCAGUUUCCUGUGCGGCUUGUUUGUACUAAAAAUGGCCGGAGAUGGCGGCACUCUGAAGGAUAUCAAUGAGAUUAAAUCCCAGUUCCGGACCAGAGAGGGCUUCUACAAGCUGCUCACCCUCUCGGACUCGCAGCAGCGGGGCGGGCUGCCGCGGGGUCCGUCCGCAGGAGCCACGCUGGGCCCAGGGGCUGGACCCGGUCCGAUACCGGGCGGUGGGGUCGGGCUGCUGCAGGGGCCCGGGGCUGCCGCCGCCGCUGCCGCCGCUGCAGCCGCCGCCGCAUCCUCCACCUCCAAUGCAGCAGCCAACUCCUCUCCGGCGGGCUUCCUGCCGCCGGUCCGGGUCUCUAUGGUCAAGCUGCAGCCCGAAGACCCGAGCGAGGAGUCGGAGCGGGUGUGCUUCAACAUCGGCAGGGAGCUUUAUUUCUACACGUACACGAACAUCAAGAAGGCUGUGGACCUCAGUAAGCCGAUAGACAAGAGAAUCUACAAAGGGACUCAGCCCACGUGCCACGACUUCAACCAGUACUCGGCCACCGCAGAGAGUGUAGCUCUCAUUGUGGGUUUCUCAGCCGGGCAGGUCCAGUAUCUCGACCCCAUCAAGAAGGAGACGAGUAAACUCUUCAACGAGGAGAGGUUGAUAGACAAAUCCAAGGUGACGUGUCUAAAAUGGCUUCCCAAGUCAGAGAACCUGUUCCUGGCCUCCCACGCCAGCGGCCACCUCUACCUCUACAACGUGGACCACCCGUGUGGCACCACGGCCCCGCAGUACUCCCUCCUGCGGCAGGGCGAAGGCUUCGCCGUCUACGCCUGCAAAACCAAGACGCCGCGCAACCCGUUGUUGCGAUGGGCCGUGGGCGAGGGAGGCCUCAAUGAGUUUGCUUUCUCCCCGGAUGGCGUGCAUGUGGCGUGCGUGGGCCAGGACGGCUGCCUGCGUGUCUUCCACUUUGACUCGAUGGAACUGCAGGGGGUGAUGAAGAGCUACUUCGGCGGGCUGCUGUGUGUGUCGUGGAGCCCCGAUGGGAAGUAUCUCGCCACAGGCGGAGAGGAUGACCUGGUUACUGUCUGGUCAUUUGCAGAAAGCCGUGUGGUUGCGAGAGGGCACGGCCACAAGUCCUGGGUCAAUGUGGUGGCCUUUGACCCUUUCACGACUUCCCUUGAAGACGAUGAGCCUAUGGAGCUCAGCGGCAGCGAGGAGGACCUCCACCAGGGGGCACCAAAUAACUCCAUGCACUUCGGCCGGGUCCGAACGAGCAGCACGUUGUCACGUCUUUCUCGGCACAGCUCUAAAGGUGGCGGCUCGGCGGCAGUCACGUACCGGUUUGGCUCAGUCGGGCAGGACACCCAGUUCUGCCUGUGGGACUUGACGGAUGACGUGUUAUACCCGCGCCUGCCGCUGUCCCGUGCCUUUACUAACACUUUUGGACCCUCGCUGUCCAACUCUGGCAGCGGUGGGGUCAACAGUACUUCAGGUGGGGGAGGAACUGGAGGGGUUGAGGGACACCAUCACCCGCCCAACACUAACACCGGCAACCCACCCACACUCCCCUUACCGCUCCCUCGCUCCCUUUCCCGCUCCAACUCUCUGCCCCACCCUGCCGUGGCCAACGCCUCCAAAGGCCAGGGCACCUCGGAGGGCGGAGGGGGAGGUGGAGGAGGGGGAGGUAGCAGCAGCGGGGGAAACAGCACCCCUUUCAGCAUCGGCCGCUUCGCCACAUUGUCACUCCAGGAGCGCAAGUCGGACAAGUCUGGUUGCAGCGGCGGGGUGGAGAAGGAGCACAAGAGGUACCACAGCCUGGGCAACAUCAGCAAAAGCAACGAUAAGAUCAACGUGGCGCCGAGGAGCAACCGGCUGGACGCCGCCAAGGUCCUGGGCACCACGCUGUGCCCACGCAUGCAUGAAGUGCCGCUGCUGGAACCGCUGGUGUGCAAGAAGAUUGCACACGAGAGGCUGACGGUCCUGGUGUUCAUGGACGACUGCAUCAUCACAGCCUGCCAGGAGGGGCUCAUCUGCACCUGGGCACGGCCGGGGAAGGCGAACUUGACAGCACAGAACGGGAACUCUCCGAGCGGCACGGUGGUAUAGCUACAGGAGAAGCUUUGCACUCAUCCCUCUCUCCUCCUCGUCCUCGUCUCCCCUUCGUUCUUUGUUGUCUUCUCUGUGUCCAGCACCCUCUCCACCGAUCCUCAAAUGUCAAAUUAGGGUCCAACAACCAGCCCGCCUACCACUGCAGUAUUAAACCCUCAGUAUGACUCUCUGUACUCGCCAGGACCCAAACCCUGUCCCCGUUCAUGAUGGCCGGUUUGGUGGGAAACGCUUCCUGAAUCAGUAGCACGUGCAGUACGAAACGUUGCUUCGACAGAUUUAUGAAGUCCUCAGAUAGACUUUUUUUUUAGUUCAGCUACUCCUCUACCGUUUUACUUUUUCUACAUUAAGCAGAAGGAUAAAGUGAAUGUUUAUGUCUUAAAAGUUAACUUGUGUCCUGAUAGAACAGGCAGCUUCUUAGUUUAACCCACCAGUCAGAGUUUAACGAUUUUAGUGGACAUUUGCCAGGAGACGUCAUAGUUUGCAUGACACCAGUGAGACAUCUGAAGUGUCUGAUUCCUGAUGUUAUUACGGCAGUCACCAGUAGGACAGGACGUCGCUGCACUCGGCGUUCAGGAGGUUUUUCCCGCCUGAUGGGAAUAAAGUUUAUGGUCCCACCCGUCUGUGAUCCUCUGCAUCAAACAGUCUGCAACGCUGAACCAACAAGAAGCAAACAGCAGCAGGCCCAGGCUCAGCCUUCAUUCGUCCUUGUCCUCCCUGCUCGUCCUCGUCCGACCCCCCCAUGCAAAAGACACUGCAAAAGCCACGGCCAUUGUAUUUAAGUUAUUUAUUUUAUCACAAGACUGUGUAGUUAUUUAUAAUGUAAAUACUGAAAAUACUCUAUAAAUACAAAAAGGACAAACAUGUAUGGAAAUAAGGCCUUGACCGCAGAGGAAGUGAAGAACAAAGAACAGGAAAGAUGAAGAAUAUUAAUAUAUGACGAAGAUCCUUCUAUUGUACAUAGCUACCACAGUUAAAAACUGAAUGUCUGCUGUUUUAGGGAACUUGAAGAUGUCAAUGUGUUUUUAUUUCGUGUGAUAGAGCUUCUCUGGUGCGUCCCUGAGGGCGAGCCGGGUUUGACCUGAGAGCCUGAGCCGAGUCGAGCGCAGAGAGCAAUUUUCAGAGUGGCUUCUGGCUGUGCAUUUCAGUUGAGUCUGUCCAAAUUCUCCUGAACAUCAUCUGUAGACCAACAGCAUCUUAACGCGAUCGUGAACACACACACACACACACACACACACUCUGCCCUUAUGGUGUAGCAUCAUAUGCACUGUGUCUUGGACUCCAUUCCUGUUGCACCUGAAUUGCCUCUUGCAAGAAUUUGCACAUGCAGUAAAUCCACAGUCCAUCCUGAGCUGCCGGGACGGAUCUGACUUCUGUGCAGAAACCGGCCCUGUAACCCCACCGCUCACUGGGUGUUUUUGACACGGUGGUGCUCGUCUUCAGAGGAAGCGGCUCCAUGUCCAGAUUUACUUCAUUUACGUCUUUUUGACUCUGCUCAGUGAGUUUUUAUUCAGGCUUCUGACUUAUUAUUUGAACAACAAAAGGAACCAAAAUGUGUUGCAAGCAAAAAUAUGUUUUUUAGCAGAUUUGGGCGUCCUGCCAAACACUCAGCAAAAAGUAUUUUAUGAUUAUUUUUAGUUUUGUUUUGAGAUUAUAAAUGUGUCAGGGGACGUUCUAAGACUGCGCUGCAUGACAUGUUUUAUCGUCACAGGCUCAACAGACCGAAUGUCCCCGUUUGGUUUUCACUUCUUCUUUGUGGGAGGGUUUUUAUUUUGCCACAACAGCAGUUUUAAGGAGCAGUUUGUGUUUUUCACAAGAGCUGUUAGCCCUGUUAGCAGCGAGGGAUGGUGACAUCUGAAAUUUAAUUUAAAUUCUACACACUUUGAUCAUCUCCCACAUUUAACUCUAGUGCCCUCAUCAGAACAAAAUUAUAAAGUUUCCAAUACUUUGGUUUAUGAACCAAAUACCUGCAGAACUAAUGACAUUCCCAUCGGCCUCAGCUGCACUUUGUGUCUGCUGCUAAUUAGCAGGUGUUAGCAUGCUAACACGCUGAGCUCAGGUGAACCUGGCAAACCUAUCAGCAUGUUUUCAUCGUGCGUGUGUUAGCUUGCUGAUGUUGGGGUUUAGCUCAAAGCACCACAGAGCUGUUAGCAUGGCUGCAGACUCACCACUCAGGUGCAGGAAGCUGGACCUCCACUUCCAAAGUUCCACCACCUGCUAACCCCUGACUGGCUCAGUUGUUAUUCCAAACAGUGAGACACCAGACCUAUUUGAAUCUCUGAAACCUGAAAUAUUCUGUAACUACAGACUUCCUCCCGCGGUGGUUACGUUUCACUGUAUCAGUACGGACUUGUGUGACAUCAGAACGUGUUCAGGUGCUCACUUCUGUCCACCAUAUUGUAAACAUCAUACAAAUGCGAUGGUCCUUUGACGAAUCGAUAAGCGAAACAGAAAAAGCACCUUUAAUGACGAUCAGUUGGGUUUGACUUCAGAACGGUCGGCACACCUGCAGCUCGUCAAAUCCAUGAGCUGGAAAGAUGAGGGCUGCCGAAGUGUUUCUGAACAGGAUCCGUCUGUUCUGCUCUUAUUGUUGGGCCACAACAAACUACUUAUUCCUGUCUAACAUGCGCGGUAGCUCACAGUGCAGCAAAGUUUGGAUAUUUAUGUCAUUUUCAUGAGUUCUGGAGUCACCUGUCUGACGGGACGUCCUAUGAAUAGCAGAGCAGCUUCCUGUACUGCGGCAGACGAGGUUAUGCCCUUGGAGCAGCGGGCAAACCACCAGGGUCGCCGUGCUGUGUUUGAGCCGGCGUCGUUGCAGACCUUGUUGUCAUAGCAACAGAAACGUGGGGUCAGUCUGGAUUAAUGCUUUAUCGCGACGUCUGGGACAAGAUGAGGGACGAGAGUGUUUUCAAACAGUAAAAACAAAACCGAAACAUGCAAACCGUUCUGGAAACCGAAGUGAAAGAGCUGAGAGUCUGUAUGAGGUAAAUGUGUGAGAAAUGCAGGAGUCAACUCACAAAUUUUUAUUAUUUGUGGAACAACAUCACCUCCUAAACUCUGCUCCACUCACAUCGCUGGUGGACAUUUGAAAUGUUAUCACAGCUGAAGGUGGUCAGAAGCUGGAUCGCUCACAAAACAACACCCUGAGGUCAGAUUUCCACGGUCUAAUAAAGACUCGACAUGAAUUGUGGUUGUCUGGAGGAAGCCUCAUUGGACACCAUCCAUUCAUUUCCUUACUUGGGCACUCACUACUGAAGGUUCAGUGUAUGUCAUCCAGGGAGUCACGUUACUUUCUGGGCUUCUUUAAAGAUGCAUUUUCUGACCUGAAGAACACAUUAAAUCCCAGAUAAAUGCGUGGUGUUAGCGAGCAUCAGGUCUAAUCCAAAAGGGGGGCGUGUGGUGUUCAGAAACUCGCAGACUAAUGAGCACUGAACUGAACAAAAGCUGAGAUCACAGGACCAGCUGGAGCCCCAUGCAGCCGAGUGUUUCCACCUGAGCGAGAUCCAGUAAUGUGCCUCCACGGAGAGCCACCAAAGUCUCAUGAACAUGUCAGGACUUUCCUUCUUCUUCGCACCUCGUUCUGCACAGAAACAAACAUCCGGUCCCCGUGGAACAAGCGCUGUUCAGCUUCUGUUCGUUCUGUGGUGAUUUGGCUGAAUCCGGACACGUAAAGACACUUUGUUUUAACGGUUGUUUGUUUCAAGUCUGUGUAUGUAUGUGUAAAAUAUGCAUUAUUCACCAUACAGUUAGCCCACGCGCACACACACACACACACACACACACACACACACACAGCAUCACACACGCUUUCACACAUUUCAUGCCUGUUCUGGUGGAAGUUAUAAUGGCAGAAUGACGUCACUGUAUCCAGUUUGUAUAUGGAGAUCUGUUAUUAAAACCUGAAACCUGAAA